AUGAACAUAUCAAACAGCACCACAGAAGACGAACAGGUUUACGCUGGGGUCUUUGGCUGCGUGAUGGUGAUAGGUCUACCUCUCAAUGCAGUCGCACUGUGGAUUCUUCUUCGCCGCCACAGCCUCAAAUCACCCCACGCUGUCUUCAUGGUCAAUCUGGCAUUCUCAGACCUGCUACUCAUCAUCUCUUUGCCCAUGAGGAUCUACUUUCAUGCCACAGGCACCUGGCCUCUGAGCAAUAUGGCGUGCCUCAUCAUUACAAUGCUCUUUCGUGACAACAUCCGUUCCAGCGCUAUGUUUAUCACCUUCAUCAGUGUGGACAGAUUGCUGGCUGUGGUUUAUCCUCUGAGGUCACGCCAUUUAAGAACCUCGUCCAAUGCCUGGAAAGGAGCUGCAUUCGUCUGGAGUUUUAUGCUGGUGGUGAAUAUCCCAGAGAGUUUGGACUUUCUAGAACAUUUGCAGGACCACUCUCAACUUAUUUACCUUCAGAUUGUGUUACUGGUCACAAUGCUAGCAGUCAACAUUGUUUGCACCAUUAUGGUGUCUUGGACUCUGCACAGACAUCUCAGUGACUCUGCAAAGGUCAACAACAAGAUGAAAGUUAUGCUGGUCUUUGUCAUGAACUUGGUUUUGUUUGCCAUGUUCUUACCUGUGCCUAUAGGAAUGGCUGCACAAUACAAAAAAAUCAAGCCGCUGGUAUGUCUUACUGUUUCUAACUGCUGUCUGGAUCCUCUGUUGUAUUACUUUUCUUUUGACUCCUUCUGGAGGAAAAACGAGAACUGUAGAUAA